AUGUCAGUUCCAUCAAACAUACUCGACGAGAUCUCUGGCAACUUGCGAAAAGAUGUACUAGUUUGUGAUGAUGAGAUUGAAUCUCCUAUUGAGGACGAUGAUGACGAAGAGUUCCCGACGACCACUAUUAGGGUUCUUUUGGUCGAUGCAGAUUCCAAUUCUUCACUCCUCAUGAAGAAUCUCAUGGAACAGUACUCCUAUCAAGUAACGAAACAUGAGAAGGGAGAAGAGGCUAUGGCUUUCUUGAUGAAGAGUAAGCAAGAGAUUGAUCUCGUAGUUUGGGACUUCCAUAUGCCGGAUAUCAAUGGACUCGAUGCUCUCAAAACCAUUGGUAAAGAGAUGGAUUUACCUGUAGUAAUCAUGUCUCAUGACCACAAGAAGGAAACGGUGAUGGAAUCGGCCAAGAACGGCGCGUGUGACUUUCUUGUGAAGCCGGUGAGCAAAGAGGUCACUGCAGUUCUAUGGCAACAUGUUUUUCGCAAGAGGAUGUCAAAAUCUGGUUUAGAUAAACCGGAUGAAUCAGAAACGGUUGAAUCAGAUCCGGAUGAAUACGACGAUUUAGGGCAAGACAAUCUCUAUCAGAGCAACGGAGAAGGCUCCGGAAACACUUGUGAUCAAAAAGGUGACAAGUCUAAGUUCAAGAAACCGCGGAUGUCGUGGACUCCUGACCUUCACCAGAAAUUUGAAGCAGCUGUCGAAAAAAUGGGCAGCGUUGAGAAGGCUUUUCCGAAGCAGAUUCUGAAAUGCAUGCAAGAAGAAAUGAAUGUCCAGGGGCUCACUAGAAACAACAUAGCCAGUCAUCUUCAGAAGUAUCGUCAGGGUGCCAAUAAAAAGACUAGCGCUUCGCAGGAGACCCGAGAAGAUUCUGGGUGGCGUAACGCCGGUCAAGACCCCCCUCUGGUAGCUUCUAAUCCGCCCCUAAACUCGAACGUCAAUCUCCAAAGUAAAGGAACAUUUUUCAUGAACGACCAAGCCGUGCCUAGAACAUCAUAUUUCAUGAACGAUCAAGUCGCGAUGAACCCCACGACCCAGUAUUCAUCAAACGGUUACCUGCCGAUGAACAGCAACAACUACUUCAUGUCCAACCAUUUCACUUACAUUGACCAAUUCCAGCAGCAGCCGCCGCCGCAACCACAGUACCUCCCUUCUCUAAAUCUGUCCUCCAGGCUAACCAAGCAAGAAGUUGCAGGACACAUGCCGCCAGCCAUGGAAAAUUCAGAUCCGCUCAUCUAUAACUCUUGUUUCCCUUUCGAUCAGGACGAGUACUUCCCACUUGUAGGGUUUAACAACAACAAUCGUGAGCAUUUCCCACCUGCAGGAUUCAACAACAAUUUCGAUCAUCAGAUUGGUCGAAAUUGA